AUGGCUCCUGGUGGCGGUAAGCGAAAACGAGGCCAUAGUGGCGGUGACCACUACCAAUCAUCACCCAGUCACGACAGGCGACCACCGCAACCCUCUCCGAGGGAUCAGGAUAACCAGAAUCGUCGCAACCAGAACAACAACGCCAAUAGCAACAACAGAGGUCGAGGUGGCUCAAACUUUGGUGACCGUGGUGCACCACCUGGAAGGCCACAGCCGCCGAGACCUGGUUCUUCCCAGUCCAAUGCUCAGUCCCCUCGACAGAGUCAGCCUGCUCAGCCGGCCUUCCAACCCCCAUCAACACCAACACCUUCUAUCCCUCCUCCAUCACGUAUGAUGUCGACGCCCGCUAUGCAAACUCCUUCGGUACCCGAGGUUAACGCUUCCGCCGGAGUCCAACGAGGAUAUCUAUGGAUCACACCUUCAAGGUUGGAAGCCUGGUCUGCUACCGGGCAUUCCGAAGUCGUCAAUGAGAUUACUACGGCAGCCGCUACAAAUAUUUACGAGGAACCGACUAUGGUCAUUCAGGAGGUCCUAUACGCUGGCAUCGACGGGAGAAUCGCGCCAAUCCUAGCAGCUAACGUUCUCAUCGACUCCAUCAAGGCUAAUCGAGAAGCCAUUGCCAAUGGUGUCACUCAACUCAAGGUCACGGACAUUUUACUCGACACGGUCCCUCUUUACGACCAACACGUAGCUCUCACAGCGAUGAUCGCCCCUCUUAUUCCAGAUUACAUCGGGAUUGGUGAAGCCCGUUUGCAGCUCCAGGAUACGCUUUUGAUGGCGCUUGGUUUGGUUAGUUCUUCCUUCAAAGGUCGACAGGUCAAAGUCCACACCAAUAUUCUUUACAGAGUUCAAAAAUACAACUUAUCGCGUGAAGAAACCGAAGGUUUCGCCAAACUAAUCACCGAGGUUUUUAUGGCUGAGUACGGACGUGGUCCUCUCACUCGUGUCGGAGAAACCCUCGAUAAAAUUAGAUCAUUGAUAGGUUGCUUUGACCUCGAUCCUAACCGUGCUCUCGAUGUUAUUCUUGACAUCUUCGCUAACGGAGUCGUCGCCAAUUGGCGUUUCUUCGUUCAAUUGCUUCGUGAGAGUGAAUGGUGGCCUAAGGAUGCCCCUUCGGUUGAUGGCCCUCUUUACCAGGAAGACGACUUUUUCGACAGGCUUGAGCGAGACGGAUUCAAAGCUCUUUGCGAACUUCCAGAUGGUAGCGAUAUUCUUCUUCGACGAGGCGGGAACAAGGUUGCAGCACAGGUCAUCGGUUACAAAUUCAAAUUUUACAUGAUGAAGGAUCUAGAUCUAGACAGCCUCUCACAUCAACUGCCCGAUAAUCUUGUAGCAAUGACUGCUAUCUUGCUCAAGAUCGGUUUUAUUUCUUUCCGAGAUUUGUAUCCUCAUCUCGCACCUGACGACGCCGCUAUGAAGGAAGGUUACGACGAAUGGCUGAAGGAGAACGAUUCUAAAGGACGAUCUGGUGCCAUGAAUGCCCUCAUGAUGGCGAGUGUCCUCCCCGACGAUACCGUCCCUCCCCCGAGACCUGGCCAGGGCCCAGCUCCGGCGGCUGAGGCGAAGAAAGCCGAGGAAGAACCUAAACCUGAGGAACCAGCCGCACCUCCGAUCAAACCGCGAAAUCAGAAACUUGCUCUCUUAAACGCUCUUCUCGCAGCUGGAUCGUUACCAGAAAUCGCAUUCUUGUUUGGUAACUAUCCUAAGAUCGCCUAUCCGCACCCAGAGGUUGCCGAUGGUCUCCAUCGCAUCAUCCACCACUGCAUUGACGACGUUUACAAACCUCUUGAGCCAUUGCAAACAGCCGAGUUGGGCGCUAGGAAAGUCCUCUCCACUGAUCCGGCCCUUAAGCAAGCCUUUGCUCCUCGUCAACCUCUUGUUCCUGCACCACCUAUUAAGAUUACUAAAUACCUCCUUCCGUUCUUUCCUGGAAGAGAUCCUGAUCCUAGCCGCGAAUACCGCUACUUCUGGGACCCCGAAUGGACAACUGACCUUCCUAUUUGCAAAACGGAACGUGACGUCCGUGUCCUCUGUUUGAUUUUACUCAGAGGCUUUUCCGGGACUCGGCUUGCUAAUGAUGUCAAGCUUAUGUCCAAGCUCAUUCGCAUUGGUGUCUCCGCAGUCAGGGAACACGGCCCAGCUUCUGACGUUGGUAACGGUUGGGCUAAUGUUGUUAACUAUCUUCUUCUCCCGGCACUAUCUGUCUGUGGCUCUAAUUCAGCUAUCGGCAACGAAAUCUACACCCUUAUGGAGCUUUACCCAUUGGAAUCGCGUUGGGCAAUGUACACAUUUUGGACAAAGAAUGCGCCAUAUAUAUUUCCGGAGGUUAAGUCAAAAGCGGCGGAGGCAACGAAAGAAACGAAAAAUAUCCUGAAACGAUUGUCCACAACCAACAUGCGCGAGAUGGCCCGUCGAAUGUCUAAGAUAUCAUACAGCAACCCAGUCACCGCAUUUAUGGUCACAAUCAGCCAGAUCGAGUCUUACGACAAUCUUAUCGAGUGUGUGGUCGAUUCAGCUAAACACUUUUCAAAGCUCGGUUUCGACGCGUUUACCUAUGCUAUCCUCAACAAGAUGAGCGAAGAUAGAGGCAGGAUGCAGCAAGAUGGCCUGUUGGUCAGCAAAUGGUUACAAGCUUUGGCGACUUUCUGUGGACGAUUGUACAAACGUUACUCCGAACUAGAUCCGACCCCCAUCAUUAUUUAUAUUAUGAAGAAAUUGAUGCAAGCGAAUUCGGCGGAUCUUAUCGUUUUGCAAGAAAUGAUCAAAUCGAUGGCUGGUAUUGUCAGCGAGACAAACCUAAGCGACGUUCAAAUCAUGGGUCUCUACGGAAGUGAAAACUUGAGGGCUAAAAUUCUUGGACAACUUGGAGAUAAGCGCUAUUCAUCUCGCGAGUCUGCCAAACGCCUUGCCACCGCACUUGUCAACAAUAAACUCGCCGGCGAACUCCUGAUCUUGCUUGGUCGUGAAUAUAAGCAAUGUAUCUACAGGUCAGACCUCAAUACAGUUCCCACGAAGGUAGUUGGCAACAUGUUCGACGAAAUCCAUUCGGUCAUCAACAUGUAUAUGGAUAUGCUGAACUAUACCUUGGACUUCGAACAAUGGGCUAAAGCCGUACCUAAUGUCGACGAGUUUAUUAUAAAAUACGAACUGGAUCCAGAAAUUGCAUGGUUCUUUUGCCGUGGGCACAUCCGAGAGAUGCUCAAGCGAGAGGGCAUGCUUUUCCCCGAGGAUGAUAAGAAGGUUUUGCCACUGUCUCAGGAGUCGAAGAAGAAAUUAGUCUCCCAGGGGAAGCAGAAGACCGACAAAACUGUUGACGCGGAUGGCGAAGUUGUAAUGACUGAUGCUAACGGCGAGGCUACUAACACCACAAAAGACGAGGAUGUUGCUAUGACUGACGGACCUAGCCCCCCAGCCGAGGAGGGAAAGACCUCUCCAUUCUCCCCUAUCAUGCUUGAUUUGAUGGAGCGUCUUCGUCCCUCGCUACCGGGAGAGACUUGGAACAAAAUCAGCGUUUCGUUCUAUGCUACCUUUUGGCAACUCUCGAUGUAUGAACUUCAUUGUCCGAUAACUCCGUACGAUGAAGAGAUCAAAAUCUUGAACAACGAAAUAGUCCGCGUUAUUCCCGAUAAAAACAUGUCUGCGCAUAGCCGAAAGCGUGAGACCGAACGCCUUCGCAGCCAAUCUGACAAAUUGUCUCAGGAUAUGAAGAUGCAAAUAAGAUUGCAGAUGAGCACUGUCAAGAGGAUUAACCGAGAGAGUCAACAUUGGUUUGCAGCUGAAACCUUUCACCCGACAAAACUUCCCAUGCAGAUUAUUCAGCAUUGCAUUCUCCCCCGCUCUGUCCUUAGCCCGCACGAUGCUAGUUUUUGCGCCAAGUUUAUCAAGAGAAUGCAUGUAUCCGGUACUCCCAAGUUCUGGACCUUCCUGCUUUACGAUCAUUUAUUCGGAAAAACGAUCCUACAGGCUACAAUUUUCAUGUCGACUGAACGCGAAGUCGAAAAUUAUGGACGCUUCUUGGCUGAAAUCAUGGCAGAUUUUACAUCAUGGCAUAGGAGCAAGGCUACCUUCGAGAAGGAAUGCCACGGGAAAGGUAAUCUCCCAGGAUUUGCAAAGACAUGGGGCGGUGCUCUACUUGACUAUGAAGAUUUCCGCCGAGUUUUGUAUAAGUGGCAUAAACAAAUCCACGCUGCUCUUCGUCAACUGUUGCAUAGCACCUCUUACAUGCAUGUGAGAAACGCAACCAUUGUCCUGAAGCAUCUAAACAAGAGCUUCCCGGCGGUUGAUUGGAUGGGUAAGAACCUAGUCGAGCGUGUGCAGUUCUUAAGCAAGAACGAGAAGAGGGAGGAUUUAAAGAUCACAACGACAGCCUUGUUGAGUUUGUUGAAGAAGAAAGAGAAGGAAUGGGUUCCUGUACAGCAGUUCCAGUUGUCUGUCGCAGACGGCAGCGCUAAGAGCCCUGCUAACCCGGCGACCAGUCAAACCGGAACACCCGCUUCUAAUGCGUCCCAGGAAGGUGGACAAACGUCGAAUACGCUGAACCCGUCAGUGACUCCGCUUAAACCUGGUCAAUCUGCGAAUAAUGGACUAUCGCAGAUCACCGUGCAUACUAAGUCUAGCAAAGAAGUUGAAGACGGAGAAAUUGACGAUCUUCCAUCUGCCAAGGACAAUAAACCUGAUAUUGCGUCCAAUAUUGCUGGACUUGCUCCUCUACAACCGAAGGCAGUUAAGGAAAUUUCUAACCCUGGGUCUGGACGAAGUCCCACCCACCAGCAACCACGCUCUCAGACACCGAGCCGAGAUUCACGUGGCCGAAGUGAUAGCCGAGCCCCACGCAGUAACGAAUUGGCACCAUCUAGCAGUCAAGAACAGCGACGAGGCACCUCGCCAAGGCCUCCGGUCGAACUCUUCCCCUCAAAGGACUCUCGAGAUAAUAGGGGUGAUAACCGACGAGACGAGCAAUCCCGUUCUUCCGCACAAGGCAAACAUGAUGACCGCCGCGAGCGAGCAGAUUCAAGAGCUGAAACAAGGAAUGUUUUGCCGCAACCACCGAGUAGCUUGCCAGCAAAACCAAAUACACCGAUGCCCCCAAUGCCGCGACCCGGUUCUCACCGCCCUGAGCCCGAAAGCCGAGGGAGACAAGAUAACCGCGAUUCUAGAAAUGAAGGUAGACGCCAUGGAGCCUCACCACGCAGAGAAAGCCGCGCCUCCGGACGUGAACAACGCAGCGACCAACUUCCCGAUCUUAUCGACGAGCUAAAUGCGAAGCAAGCACAGCAAUCGCACCAACAACAAAGAGGCGGACGUCGGCAAGGGAGUGAUUAUCGUUCCAGAUCCCCCGACUCAGGUCGUAAGCGUGAGAGCACCAUUCAAGAACAGCGAAUGGACAACCACGGAGACUACCCACGACCUCCUGCAGGCCCGCGCAGCGAUGUUGAUCGCAACAGGCAAAGUCACAGAGACUCAUUCGGUAGCAAUAGGCCUCCUGCAGGACCCUCAGAUCAUGGAAGACUUAACCAGGAUCCCAAUCACGGUAGACUUAACCAGCCUGACACUACAAACAUCCCCAGUGGCCCUCGAAGUGGCCGUCCGACAGGACCAAGCGGUGGAUCAGCUCAGAAUUCUAGCUUCCCAGCCAACUCGAACGUCCCUAACGGUCCGCGAACUGUUCGUACGAGUCUUUCUUUGAAUAAUCGGGCACCAGGCGGUGCACCUUCUGCUCCUGCUGCCGCAGGUUCAUCUUCUUCCGGCCAACAGCAACAGCCAUCUCGUUCAAACGCUGCCAUCCCAAUGCACCCCGAUCGUGCUAGAGGAUUUAAUGACGAAAAGAGCGGCCCACCAGCCGUUAACACAAAUUUUUCGGCAUCAACUUCUAACAAUGCCCAAAACGGCAGCGGGAGGACCCAAGCAGCAACUUCUCCGACCGUUAAUGUGCACCCAAGCAGAUUAGCCGUUAUCGGUCUUGAGAACACGGCACCAUCCGGCCCGAGGAGCGAAUUGCCGUCGCCGACUGGACCAAGUGGGUCCAGGGCGCAGGGCACCCAGGGAGGGAGGGAGAAUAGGAGGGAGAGCCUGGACCAACACCACGAACGCCGCAGGGCUAGGGGGCUUCAGGACAUCCUGAGCGGUGGUGGGGGUGGCGCCCCAUCGCCAGGAGGGAAUGUCCCCUCCGAACCCGGGCAAAGUGGGCGGAGGCGGGGGAGGGGGAAUACACAGGGGCAGGGCUCUGGACUAGGGCAGUCCAACCCUGCCUCUGCCAACCAAGGUGCCCAACAGGGCAACAAUGCUUCCGCCGGGGGGAGCGACGACGGACGUCGUCGCGACCAACACCGAGAUCGCGAACCCCGAGAGCGGGAUCGUGAUCGGGAGCGGGACCGUGACCAACGGGACCGCGACCGUGAUCGUGACCGCGAUCGGGGGGAGCAAAGAAAGACCGGCGAACGUGGGGGCUCUGGCCAACAAGCUGGCCAACCCAGCCGCGACAGAGAUCGCGGCGACAGGGAGAGGGAGAGAAGGGGGGGAGAGGGGAGAGAGGGGAGGGGAGAGGGAGAGGGAGAGGGAUAG